UGUUUACAACUUCUCUAACAAGUUCUUCGAUAAUAAUUUGUUCCCUUUCUUUUUGCAUAAACAUAAGCAUGCAUCAUGUUGCAUUCAUAGUUUCUAAAUCGAGUCUCACACUGUGUUCACUACUUCAAAAAGGGGGGAGUCAAUCAGCCGCCGCCCAAGGAAAGUGGCCCGACGAAUUCUCCACAAACCAACUCGCAUUUACAACACCAGGGCCAAUCGGAAGAGGAUGGAUAUAGUUGAACAAGAAAAUCAGAGUCUCAGGGAGGAGGUUGCCACUUUACGAGAGGGAAUGGAUAGGUUGACGACCAUGAUGAGUGCACUCCUGUCAGCCCAGAACUCUCAAGCUGCCGCCGCUGCUGUAGAGCAGCCUUUGGUGAGCACAACCCCGCUAUCUACGGUGACUUCUCCACCCCUCUUUUUGCCUCCAGGUUGUACAUGGGGAAUGCCACCUCCAGUCUGUGGAGGCCCCCAGCCCGCUGUAUCUGAAGUUCCACCUCCUUUCGCUCAGCAGUCAGCACCGGUUCCGCAACCCAAUACCUCUUUCCCUCAAGCUGCAAUGACUUAUUCAGCUCCACUGAUUCACACUAUUCAACAAGAGGUUGAACCAAUUUUCCAAGCUGAAAAUGUUGUAGCCUUCGACAAGAUGGAAGAACUCCAAGAAAGAUUUGAUGGUAUGCAAAGGGAAGUCGAAGCCCUCCGAGGAAGAGAUCUGUUCGGGAAGGACGCCUGUGAAUUAUGCUUGGUCCCAAAUGUUACUAUCCCUCACAAGUUCAAGGUGCCAGACUUCGAGAAGUAUAAAGGGAACUCUUGUCCCCGCAGUCACUUGGUGAUGUACGCGCGGAAAAUGUCCAUGUAUACUGACAAUCAUAAGCUGCUUAUUCAUUUCUUUCAGGACAGCCUAACUGGGGCCGCUCUGAAAUGGUAUAUGAAUUUGGACAGUGCGAGCAUUCGUACUUUCAAUGACCUGGGUGAAGCGUUCAUCCGGCAGUAUAAGUACAAUCUGGAUAUGGCCCCAGAUCGUGAUCAGCUCCGUGCGAUGACACAAAAAGAGAAGGAAACGUUCAAGGAACCCUGA